AUGGGAAAGCAUCGGCUGCGGACGUCGCCAAGGGAGAGCGGGGCAGAGGACCUGGUCCUGCCGAUCUUCGUCAGCUGGAACGGGACCUUGCAGUCAGCCAAUGUACGCCAGCAUCAGCUGGUGGAGGAGAUCAAAGAAUUCCUCAUGUGCGGGGAGGAGGUGCCGGCAGGGCACAUGCACCUGGUCUACAACGGAAGGUUGGUCGACCCCGGCAUGCGCGCAGCUGACCUCGACCUGCGCGAGGGCUGCGUCCUCCACCUCGUCCUCAACGAGAGCCCCUUCCGCGGGAGGAAGCUCUACGUGCGGGACCUCGGGAACCAGGGGGUCGUCCGAUCCGUCAGCUGCAGCCAAGACUUCACCAUCAGGGAGCUGAAGGAGGAGAUAGCCUGCCUGCCUGACUCCCCAGCUGUAGACCAGCAGAGGAUCGCCUUUGCGGGCAGGGAGCUGGAGGACGACUACACGCUGAGGGAGUACAACAUACAGAAGCCGUCGGUCCUCCUCCUCCUCAGG